CAAGAACCAUAACGAGACUUAUAGCGCAAUUCACGUAGUAUCUCGUUGCAAACAACAUACCAUCAUGGCGGUUUGUUUGGUUGGACACCUAGUAAGACACCACUAAAACUGCAUGACACUAACAAGGCACAUCUCAGAUACCUAAACUGUAUAAUCUGUACAUCGGCACAAUGAGUUCAAGAAGGCCAGGUAGUGGCAGGCCACAAAGCAGAUUUAACCCAAUAACGGGUGAAGAAACCCCUCCACCAGAGAGGUAUGUGGACAGUAGGGCAGCUUUUAGACCCGGAAGCAGGCCAGAUAGCAGACCUCAAGAGGUUCCACGUCUAGAGCUUGGUAGGCUUGAGGAUGCCGAUGCACAUCACAGACCACCAUAUCAACACUAUGACUACAAGCUAGAUACACCAAACACUGCUUCUACUGUAAGUUGGGGCACACCUGUUCCAUCAGAGAGAGAAAACUUUUAUUAUGGGGGUGCAGGAGAUUCAUAUCCUCAAACUAUACAGACACCAAGAAUGGAGGCUGGAAAGCACAGUAAGAGACACGACGAAGUCCCAGUUGUUGAUGUGAAGCAAAAGACAGUUCCUCCGUCAUCUGACAGACUUUAUAAAGAGUAUGGAAAAGAAUUGCUUGAAGCAUAUAACCAGUCCCACAUAGUUCAAGAGAAAGUGCACAAACACAUGACAAAGGAAGAUGUUGAAGAGGAGAAGAAAAAACAAAAAUUACUUGAUACAGUUAUGGUAGAUCAGCUAUCGAGGGCAGUUAUCAGCGACCCUGACCAGGACCAGAACAUUCCAGAAACUCCACCUCACCACCUCCCGGGGAUGUCUAGGGGAGCCAUCAGACACCUGCACGAGUCCAAGUAA